UGGUGAUUAAUAUACUCUUCUUCAUUACCAGAAAUUAUGAAUUUUUAUGUGGUUAUUUCAAUAUAUAAACUAAGUUUAUUGCUAUAAACAUUCAACUUAAAAAAUAUCCUUUUGUAAAAAUUACUGUAAUGUGAUAAAUUUAUUUAUUGGCUUGUGUAUUUAUAUAUAUUCCUACAUAAAACUUGUAAUUAAAAUCUUUAUUUAUACUGUAUCACAAACAUUAAAGUAGGGAAUUUAUAUAAAACUUAUUUCAAUGGCGAUACCUUCACCGGAUCCAAAAUAUGUUUUCCGGGGUGAUAUGGAUUGUGUGAAUUGUAUUCUUUUUCAAAUGACGCCCAAUGCGGAACAUCUCUAUGCAGGCACUGCUGAAGGCAAUGUUCAUAUCUGGAAUUUAAAUACAAACAGAGAACUAUACCAAAUUAAAUCAGAAGAAGAUUCUUGUUUAAAUUUGCAAAACUUAAGAAAUGAUACCUUACUUGUACAACACAAAUGUGGUUUAAUGAAAAUAUAUAAGAAAAGAGAAACUCAGUGGAAUGCAUAUAAAUCCAUUAAUAUACAUUGUCAUUAUUGCAGGUUUAAAAUAUUUUCUGAAAAUGAAAUAUUCGUACCGGUUAAAGAAUCCACUGUUGGAAUAUUGUCUUUAAAUACUUUUAGUAUAGAAUUGAAAUUGAAUUCUUGCAAUUUCAAGAACUUGGGAGAAGUAAUGGCUAUCAAGCCAUUAAAAAAUGAAAAAUUAGUUUUAGUUGCUUAUGAAGCAGGAGAGUUAAUCUUAUGGGAUGUUCGACAAAGUAAAGUAUUAAAUUCUUUAACAGUGGAGACAUGUCCAAUGGCUUUAGACUUUGAUACUACUUUAUCAAAGGGUGCUAUUGCUGGUCCCACUAAUAAUAUGCAGAUAUUUAGUUUAUCAGUUGAUCAUUUACUGCAUAAUAAGAACAAAAUAACAAUGACAAAUCCUGGCACUUCUAUAAUUACAAUUAGACCUGAUGCUAAAAUUAUGGCAGUAGGAGGAUGGGAUAGUCGAAUUAGACUAUAUUCUUGGAAAACUUUGAAACCAUUAGCUGUUUUAAAUCAACAUAAGGAUACUGUACAUGAUAUUAGUUAUUCUAUAGAAAGAAUAAAAGCAUAUGAUAAUAAAUUUAUAAUGGCUACAGCUGCAAAAGAUGGAUACAUAGCAUUAUGGGACAUUUACAAUUGAUUAUUAUCACAAAAUGAAAAAAUAUUAUUUUCAUCUCAAAAAUUUAUUUCGUUUCUUUACUAUGAAGCCGAAGAAAGACAGAGAUAGAGAACCCUCCGAACCGCUCGGUAUUGGA